UUCUGAGAUGAGAUAUAGCCUCCUGCCGGAUUACAGCCUGCACGCAGCCCGUGAAGGCUUUAUUCUGUUUGAAUGAGGAAAACAUCGUGUCUGUCUGUCUGAAAGCUGUCACAUGGGGCCAAGGAGGAAAAAAAAUCGCUUCCUGAAAUGAUCAUCGUCACUUGAUGUGUAUUGUGUGUGUGUGUAUGUGUGUGUGUGUGUGUUUUUUUCUCUCUCUCUCUCUCUAACGUAAUAGGAUCGCAUCGCGUUUAAUUUUCGGAUCUUUUGGCUGCGGGUAUCGGUGGAUGCCGAUGAUGAUAAGCAAAGUUAAAAACGCGAUGUCCACUCUGGUGGGAGGGAUGAUGCCGCACGGACACCACCACAAUCAUCACUCAGGUGGCGGGCAGACCUGCGGACCGGACAGCCUGCCGCCGCGCUUCCCCUACGGCCGGCCGGAUUUCUUGGACCUCACCCCGGAGCUCCUGCAGUACUCCACCGAGCACGCAUCACGGCCGGUGCUCACGUUAAAGAGAGGCAGCAGGCUUCCCUGGCAGACGGGAUACGCAGAGGUGAUCAAUGCGGGGAAAAGCAUGCUGAACGAGGACCAGGCCUCUUGUGAGAAACUGUUCGUGAAGAAGCCGACCGGCAAACACCGCAACUCCACUCUGCUGGAGGACAACGGGGACGGCACAGGAAUCCCUCUCCACUUCUGGGGCGUGUUUGAUGGACAUGCAGGUAGUGGAGCUGCCAUCAUGGCCUCCAAGCUUCUUCACCGCCUCAUCAGAGACCGUUUGGGAGAAAUCUGCCACUUGUUGGAGAACCCCAACAGUGUGCCUCCUAUCUGCUUGGCCAAGAACGGCAGCCCAUACCAGGCGGAGACAAAGAAGGGAGCCGAAAAGGAACCAGAAGACCCCGAUGCUGUCACCGACUCCUCAGUGCGCUUUCACAUGGAGAAGGUUGUCAGUUUGGAGAGCCUGGUGAUGGGAGUCAUAGAGACCGCCUUCAAACAGAUGGAUGACCUAAUUGAAAAGGAGAAAGCAUCCUAUGCCAUCUCUGGCGGGUGUUGUGCCUUAGCUGCCAUCCAUAUGAUGGGGAAACUCUAUGUAGCCAAUGCUGGAGAUAGCAGGGCUAUAAUCAUACGAAAUAAUGAAGUUGUUCCCAUGACUAACGAAUUCACACCUGAGUCAGAGAGACAGCGGCUACAGUAUCUGGGUUUCCUGAGGCCAGAGCUCCUGGGCAAUGAGUUCACUCACAUUGAGUUCCCCCGGAGGAUCCAGCACAGUGAGCUGGGCAAAAAGAUGCUCUACAGAGACCACACCAUGACUGGCUGGGCUUAUAAGACAAUUGUUGAAGAUGAUCUGAAAUUCCCACUGAUAUACGGAGAGGGUAAAAAGGCACGCGUCAUGGCAACAAUCGGAGUGACCCGUGGGCUCGGAGAUCAUGACCUGAAGGUGUACAACUCCAACAUUUACAUAAAGCCCUUCCUCUCUUGCGUCCCUGAGGUGCAGGUUUAUAACAUGGAUGAAAACAAACAUGGCCCUGACGACGUUUUGGUCAUGGGCACAGAUGGAUUGUGGGACGUCACAACAGACAGGGAAGUGGCAGAUGCUGUGUCAGCCUACUUAUCCUGCUGUGACCCCUCUGAUCCCAUGAGGUAUACACUGGCAGCCCAGGAUCUGCUGAUGAGGUCAAGAGGAGUGCUGAAAGAGCGUGGCUGGCGGCUACCCAAUGAAAAACUGGGCUCAGGUGAUGACAUCACUGUAUUUGUCAUCCCGCUGGCAGGACACGAGUCAGAGACAUGACAAGGUGCUGUGGCAGCCGCUAUGACAGAGCUGACUCUUCAGGGUCCCUCCAAGCUCCUUAAACCCCGGACUGACGGGGCUGCGAGAGAAGAUAACACCUUUGUCAUAGGGAAGACUCGGGUAUGAGCAGCACCUUCAUCAACCACUAGAUCGGACCCAGUCCCAACCGCUUCACUUCAACCCGACCCAGGAGCAGUCACCCAUCUCCUUUGGUUGGUCUCAGUCAUGUAAACAAAAGAUUUUCAGUGACAUUGUAAGAGAAGUCACACUCUUCCUCCCAGACCUGCUGUUUGUGACGGUUGCCAGUGAGAAUUAAAUCCUUGUAGUAUUUUCUUUCCUGUUUUUGUUCGACGCUGGACUGCUACUCAAACCUUUGAAUGGAUUGUGCAUUUUCAUGUCAUGCCCUGAAUGUGACUCCCUUUUGUAAAAAAAACAAAACAAAAAAGAAAAAAGUCCUCCUGAAGUUUCACAAUCAAUAUUGUAAAGGGGAUUGCAGAAUGUGAGGAAACCAAAGAGGUGCCUUUAAGGCAUAAGGAUGGAAAUAUGUACAAAUGAAUGAAUAAAACAAUAAGACAAAGAAAAAGUCCAUUAGAUACAUGUCUGUACAUUAAACACAAAUGGAAGUUUACUGAGGUAAAAACAGAGGAAUGGACCUUUUUUCAGCGAUGGACCCACACAGAAUCAGUUGAGUCUGUAUUGCUGUAUUUCCUUUGUCAAUGCUGAAUGAAUGACAACACCUGAGGCACUUGAAGAAUGUCGGACAUGCUCUGUGGUAGCCUGUUGAUUUGUGAUGCGGUGUAUCUUUUUAUUGAAUGUGUUCAUAGAUCUUUUGUUUUGUUUUGUUUUGUUACAGUUAAGAGAACAGAGGGUUGUAUAUAUGUUCAGUAAAACACAAAGGAACAGGAUCAUUGGUUUCCAUUAACUACAUGUUUUCUUUUGUUUAACCCUCAGAGGAGAAAAAGUAAUGUGUUCUCAUAAAUGUGUCGGUAUAGUAAGAUGUGAUAAACUUCACACAUAUGCCUUAUUAAAAGAUGAAAGGGACUUGGGAGUUUUUUUCUUCAGAUGCACUAAAUUAGAUCCUUGUAAAAAAUGGCAAAAAUAUAUUGUAUGCCCUUAAAUGUACCGUAUACCUCUUUUGUACCAUUUUUGUUAAUGUCAUGUUGUUAUUUAGAUUAUCCAUAUAUUUUUAAAGAAAACUUUGGUUGUAUCAGAAGUUUUAUUUUUAUGUUUCUAUCCAUAACUGUUUGUUUAGAGAGAUGGUUUGUCCUAGAAAUUGAGCUACCAAAAUGCGAGGUAGAGGGAUAAUGUGUACCAGUUUAGAAAUAAAUCAGAU